AUGCCUGCAAGUUGCAAAGACCAGAAAAAAGCCCUCGCGAUUUGCCUCCAGCGAUCACCGUGUGUGCUCAUCAACCGCCAUACUCCAAAAGAAUGUGUGACCAAUCCUAAAUUGAGAGACGAGGUGCCAGAAAUAUGCCAGGAUUUGUUCAGAUCUUUCUUCGAGUGCAAGUCGGGGGCCGUGGAUCGGUCCAAGAGAUUCAGAGGAAAUGGGGCAUUGUCUACUGGUAAAUAUGACGAAACUUACGAGAAGUUGUCUACCGGGGACUUUGAUCCUCUAGAAGAGUACCGGAAGUUGAAGGAGUUGGAUAAAUUCAGUAGUAUCAAAAGGACCUGA